GGACACAACAUGUAUGUUGAAUACUGUAAAAAAAGCAUUGAAAUAAAGCAGCAUAAUUUACAUAUUCAUGUUGAAUUAUGAAAGAUUAACGCUGCUUUAUUUCAAUUUGCACAACACUUCAACACUUGAAAAUACGACCGAGGCCGUAAUAAUGUGAAUUGAAAUAAAUAACACUUCAACACUUCACUUCAAAUUACAUCGAGCGCCCGGGACUUAGGCUAAAACGCGCGCGGCCUCACACUGCGAAGGCUUGAACUGUACUGACGAUUUUGUGUGGUAGCAAGAAAGGGAACGCACGAGGAACACUCGCUGCACUAGUGCGAGCGAGACACCGACACCAGCAAGCCGCUGCAAGAAAACCAAACUGAGCGCGCUGGCUGAAAGUGAACGCACACAUUCACACAUGUGUGAUUGUGUGAGUGCAAAAACUGUGUAGAAAGCAAAAUACGCUCUCGCCGCCGCGUAAUUCCGCGUAUUUUCAACCGUCUCCCCCUGCUUCUACAUGCCCCUCGCCUGAAAGACGCACACUUUUCCUUUCUCAUUGCUAGUAGGGGCGUAUUUUCAACCGUCUCCCCCUGCUUCUACAUGCCCCUCGCCUGAAAGACGCACACUUUUACAUUCUCAUUGCUAUUAGGGUCGGGCUAUGUCGAACAGGUAUAGGUGUGUUUGUGUUGGUAAGUUCAGGACGAUGGUGAGACGGCCUUUGCGGGAGUGAGAUAAACUCACGCACACCGAGCCCUACCGGCCAAGAUCCUGCGGUAAGUGCUUUAUCUCGAAGAGCAGCGAUAAUUCUAACCUUAAAAGUUAGUGAACUAACCGAGCUAAUGGUUGUUCCCGCUUUCAGCAAACUAAAAGCGAUGACGUCCGUGGUGUCCAACUGUGAUUUUACCAUCGACACUACCUGGUCAACGGUGACGGUUUUAGCUAACUUAGACCGAUGUAGCCACAUACAGUUUGUUCUUGGUAGUUGUGACACGGUUGGGAUCGACGAGGUGGUGUUAUCGGUUCCUGUUAUUAUUGGUGGUAGUGAAGGGCGAUUUCUUUGGUGAGUAUUGUCGGUGUUUGUAUUUACAGGGUAUAGUGGAGCAUUGUCAACAACAAUGGCUUCCGUGAAUGCAACAACGUCACGGAACAACCUUCUACGCUUUCCACUCGGGAGGGCAUCUGGGGGCGGUACGUUGAAGCGUUCGCUAGGAGCUUGGUGAGCCGCGGCAAAACUGGCAAAGCCCUCACGGAGGGACUAAAGCAGCUUUCAUCACCUCGACAGCGGCAGUAACAGCCGCCUGGAAGCCGACCUGCAUACCCGUUGUUUUAACUACUUUACUAUGUGGGUUGCCAAGAGCAUUCGAACACCCUACACAGCUCCAAUGAAGAGAUGCCGUCCGUUUUACCUCUUCGAUCACAGUGAAAGUUGCCGUUGCAGAUAGAUGCCACAGGACUCAGGAACAAACGCAGGAAUACAGCAAAGUCAGGAAUGGUUGUGACGAACAAUUGAAGGCAGGACCACCAGAGACAGCCUAUGUCACAGCUAAGCGGCAGUUUGACGAAAAUUAGGCUUAAACGACAAAAUAAUUCACGAAUUCACGCGGAGCACAGUGAGAAAACACACUUAGUCGUCAGCUGUCAACUGUCAAUGCAGUGCCUAUCGAUAAUAUUCCGAAACCGGCAGAGCAAACCAUCAAUGAAAAGCCAAAUAGUUCGUCACCUAGUAAUGUGCAACCAAUAGUGCAUGAUAUGGAGCAUUCACCUAUCCCAGCUGAUCGUACGGCUCAAAACAAUGACGUUCAUCACGAACACUGCUCAUGAAGCUUACGCACACAAGAAGCAUCAGCCAAUUGUUAUUCGCUCACUAACACUUCAUGUAAUGACCACGCACGCACUAACACAGCAACUCACUUGAAAAUGUUUUCAGUUCGCGAUAUUAAAAACAUUUCACAUGCCAAACCGACUGACACUGCUUUGAAACCAUGUGAUAUACAUUUUCACUACCAAAAUGUUAGAGGACUACGUACCAAACUCACAGAAUUCAGAUUGAACACAUUGGACGCCAAAUAUCAGAUAAUAAUACUCACCGAAACCUGGCUUGACAAUUCAAUUCCAUCAUCGCUACUGUUUGACCCGGGCUAUUCGGUGUAUAGAUGUGAUCGUAGCUUGUCCAACAGUAUGCAUACUCGUGGUGGUGGCGCACUGAUCGCAUGCUCAUUCUUAUUGAACACCCGUGAACUCACUCUACCUAGUAACUCACUUGAGCAAGUGUGGGUUACCGUUCGCCUUUCAUCUUGCACGAUAUUCAUCGGGACUGUUUACAUACCUCCUAAUCGAGCUAACGACACAAAUACUCUUACAUCUGUGAUUGAAAGUGUAAGUGCAAUAGUAAACCAUGCAAAAACUAAUGAUCUAAUAUUUCUGUUUCGAAAUUUUAAUUUUUCGGCAGUAUCAUGGUCACCAUCGCAACAAACAUUUGGUCACUCAUCAUCGUUCGCGCACUAUGUGGCAAAUUCAUCAUCCUCGGUCAGAUCCAGGUUUUUGGAUGAAAUUAACGCUAGCGAUCUUAAUCAAAAAAGCGGGAUCAAAAACUCGCUUAACCGGCAGCUCGACUUAGUAUUCGCAAAUUUUAUUGCAACAUCUUACUGCAUCGAUUUGCACCCCUGCCCAACACCACUAAUCUCUCCUGACCUGUACCAUCCAGUCAUCGAUUUAACGGUUCGAAUUCCAAGCACAAUGCCUAAUCCUACACUGACUCAGGCAAGUAGAUCUAGGAUGAAUUUUUAUAAAACCAAUUUUACUCGGCUUGACGAGCUCAUAACCAAUUAUAAUAGCCAGUUCAGAAUUAGCCAGUUUAAUUCUGUUGAUGAAGAUUUAUCGAUAUUUAUACGCUUUCUUUUAUCCUCGUUUGAUUCAUGUGUACCAAUUAUCACACCAAUGAGCGGCCCUGCUUGGUCUGACCCCCACCUAAAAAAACUUAAAAGAGCUAAGGCAGCUGAAUUAAAAAAAUAUACGAAGAACCGAUCAAAUGUUAACAAAUGCAUAUUAAAUGAAACAACUCGCUUGUACCGUAGUUACAAUAAAAUACGCUACGGUGGGUACUUGUCUCGGUUGGAGAAGAAUUUCAUCAAAAGGCCCAAAGCUCUCUGGAGUUGUCGUAAGAAACGCAAUAAUACGAAUGUGUACCUAAAUCGAUUUACCACAAUGACCGAGCUGGUUCAACUGCUUCAGAUAUUUGUGACAUAUUUGCGUGUAGAUUCGAGGAAGCAUACACAAUCUCAACUACUGACGAAAAUAUUAUCACCAACGCUUUAAUUAAUACUCCUAAUGAUGUCAUCGACCUUAAUUUUGUUGAAACAUCAACUGAUCUUUGCCAUAAUCCUGAUUGCCAUAACAGAGCUGCCAACAUCAUCUGUUUGACAGAUAAACAAUGCGGUGUGACGCGCCUAAAGUGCGCAUCAUUUUCUUCUUCCUUUUUUCUCGUUCUCGUUAAGACGUGAAUAAACUCGAUCCUAUUAUUUUGUAUUGUGAACGCUCUGUAAUUAUUCAUUUAUUGUGCAAAUACCUCUGCCCAAAAAAAUUAACUAAUAUAUCGCAAGAAUCUGUUCUAAAUGUGCUCAAAGCAGUCAAGCCCAAAGCUAGUCCUGGCCCAGAUGGUAUUCCUGCCGUCAUUCUCAGUCGAUGCUGUGAGUCCAUAGCGCCGAUCUUCACCAAAUUAUUUAAUUUUUCACUGCAACAAGGAGGAUUCCCCUCUAUUUGGAAAAGUUCAUGAAUUGUCCCCAUAUUUAAAAAAGGCGACAAGGAAGAUGCAGCCAACUAUAGAGCCAUAACAUCACUCAGUGCUGGGGCCGAAGAUUUUGAGAAAGUGAUCCAAACAAGUUUACUCACGGUUUCAUACCACUAUAUCAGCCCUCAACAACACGGUUUCGUUCCAAAGCGGUCGACGAUUACUAAUCUUGUUGACUUUACAUCACAAUGUCUCCGUAACAUGGAUAGCAGGAUGCAAACAGAUGCAGUUUAUAUGGAUUUAAAGGCUGCUUUUGAUAGCAUCGAUCACAACAUCUUUUUAGCCAAGAUGAAUAAGUUGGGACUUGCGCGAAAUUUAAUAUUUAAUAUUUAAUAUGUUAGAAUCGUACCUUGUCAAUCGAUCGUAUGCUGUAUGUUUCCAACGGUGCCAUUCAAGGUCUUUCAUUGCAUCAUCUGGUAUGCCACAAGGUAGCAACUUGGGUCCACUACUGUUCGUACUGUUCAUCAACGACCUAUAUGUAGUACCAGCAGCGAAUCAUUUAAUGUAUGCAGAUGAAAUUAAAAUCUACAUGACGAUAAAGAAUGACACAAACCACUCCGAGGUACAGCAAUACCUAUUCGAUUUUCGCCAAUGGUGCAGUCGAAACUGCCUGAGCCUCUGCAUUGAAAAAUGCCGAGUCAUUUCAUUCACACGAGCACGAGAAAUUAGGAACACCAGCUACACAGUUAACGGUUAACCUAUAGAACGCACUAAUGCUAUGAAGGACCUCGGAGUCAUACUUGAUUCAAAGCUGUCAUUUGACCAGCAAACGGAGGAGGUGAUUACCCGAGGUAAUCAAUUGCUUGGCAUGUUGUUUCGGAUAACAAGAGAUUUCAAAGACCCAGUCUGCAUCAACGCGUUAUACUGCGGUAUUAUCCGCCCGGUACUCGAAUACGCCUGUGUUGUCUGGAAGCCCUCAACCCAAAGACUUUCUGAAAGAAUGGAAUCGAUACAGCGUCGCUUAUCCCGAUACGCAACAUGCUUGUUACCUUGGCCACCUCGCAGUCAGUUACCACCUUAUGAAACGCGACUUCAGCUUCUCGGACUGCAACCGCUCCACAUCAGACGCCGUACCGCGUAACAACUGUUUGUGGCUGGUUUACUGCAAAGUAACAUCGACUGUUCAUCCCUGCUCCAGCAGUUAAACCUUUACGCGCCUGCUGUUCAGCUUCGUUCUCGUCCGCUACUUGCCCUGAACCGUAGUCGAACUGGAUAUGGAUCUAGAGACCCCCUCAACUUCAUGAUUAGGGUGUUUAACGAAGUUUGUCAUUUAUUUGAUUUUCGAACCUCAGUGUAAUCCUUUAAACACUGCCUUAGAAACGAAUUAUUAAGAUGACCUUUCUACUUAUCUUAAAUUAAUAUUAGACUUAAGAACAUUCACACGGAUCCAUUGUUAUCCAUUGAACGAGUAAUAAACAAUCAAACAAUAAUGAUUCCUUCUAAUAUUUUCCACAUACUCUAUUAUUACCGCAAACCUCCAUAGCAACUGCAUUCUUAAAAUACUACGUCUUGUUGGUUAAAGAAAAUAACGAUUCAUGAAAUCAACAACUUCAUUAUUUUUCAUUCUCCAAUAGCUAGAUCCAUAGUUUAUAAUCAAGUCUUUUUACGUUGAUCUAUCAUCGUGUGCAUUUCGGUUGAGUCUCAAUUCUGUCAUGAUGUGUUAGUAUUUGGUUUACAAGUAAAUCCUAAUUGUUUAUAUAAAUGUAUGACUAACAAUUCUACCGAUUUUAUGUUAUUUUGUUAGUCUUUUGCCGACGGAUAGUCUUUUAGUUACUACUAUGCUAGGUGGCAGUAGCAUGACACUAUCUGCUAGUGGUGCUUCUAGCUGUUCGUUAAACUGGUUGUUGAGUAAUUCAUCAAAGUACUGAGCCCACCGCGAGAGGACCUCUGGCUGGUUACUAACCAGAACUAUAUCCUUGUUGCGACAGCAGGUUACCUUAGGUACAACGUUGUUUCGGUGUCCUGCUAUCGCUUGGUAAAACUUUCAUGUCGGUCCGUACGCCUCUCUGGUUUGCUCGAGUUCCCGCAUGUUUUGCUCUUCCAAAGCAUGCUUCUUGGAGCGGUGAACUCAUUUCUCUUCGCGUCUGAGCCGUGAAUAUUCCUCUGCGCAUGCCCGCGUUCUAUGCCGUUGCUGCAUUGCUCGGUAUGCAGUAUUCUUACGUUCGGUCACUUGUCUGCAUUCAUCGUCGAACCAGCCACGACGUAUAUUUCUUGCACAGUUUAUUAUUUUUGUUUUUAGAUCGUUCCACCUCUCGCUCGUAGUUUCGUAUCUGUCUUCUGGUAGUAGAGACUCGUCUAAAGCGGCUUUGAAUUCCUGUUGGACUGUAAUGUCCCUUAGAGAGUUCGUGUUGAGCCGAGGCUGCGUGUUUUCUCCGCCCCCAUUGGCGCGGGGGCGGGCGAUUCUACAACGUAUCACUAAGCCAACCAAGUAGUGAUCGGAAUCGAUAUUGGCUCCUCGAUAUAUUCUGACAUUUAACAGACUCGACUGUCGUCGGCGGCUUACUAACACGUGAUCGAUCUGGUUGAGGGUUAAUCCAUCCGGGUGCGUCCAUGUAACCUUGUGUGAUUUUCUUGCGCGCAAAUUUGGUACUUCCUACAACCAGAUUGUUCGCUGCGGCGAACUGGACCAUUAUCUACUACCAUUAUCGUUACUGUGCUCAUGCACACUGUGACAGCCAGUGUAUUGGCAGUACAUUGGCUCCCUACCGACUUUUGCGUUGAGGUCCCCCAGGAUGAUUAUGAGGUCAUGCCUGGGGCACGCAUCUAUGGUUCUAGCGAGGCGGCUGUAAAAUAGCUCCUUCUCCUCUUCCUCUUUCUCUUCGAUAAGAGCGUGAACGUUUGCGAGGCUUACAUUAUGCACUACGGUCUUCAACCGUAUUUGCAUUCUUCUCGAUUUCUCAUAUUCUUUAUUCUUUUUUUGUGCCAAACUGCCCUGUACAUUUCAAACCAAACUCGCAUUCUCUUUUCCCAUUCAGAUUCGGGAUUUUGCCGAACUCACAUUUUGCCUUUCUUUCAUUAAAAGCUGCGCGCUACGACUUUUCCAGGCUCGCGCUUUUCCGUUAUCAUCUUAUAUCUGCCCGUUUUACACACCGCUAACAAAAAAAAUCGUACCGGCUGCGCCAAUGGUAGAAUUUUGGUUCGGUGUUAUAUUAUUCGCCCGUCUUCGGCGGUGUUUCAAUAACAACUGUAAACCUAUUCUCCCUACUUGUAUAUGCUGUCCCUCUCUGUCACUGCUAUUGCACUCUACAUGCAAAUGUUAUAAAAAUCCUUCGUGAAAGAAUAUGUGUCGACGAAAAAUGUGUACAAAUGGUACGAGCCGAAGCCCAAGAAGUCGCGCCAAAGCAGGUCGUAAAUCAAGGCGAUGCUGACGGAUUCUUUGAUUACCGUGCGUUGGUUCACAAGGAAUUUCUUUCGAAUGGACAAACGGUGAACAAACAGAACUAUCUAAGCGUAAUCUAAGCGGCGGUUGCGUUCCUCCAUCCGGCGAAAGCGGCUGGAUUUGGGGGAAAACAACAGCUGGUUUUAGCACAACGAUAAUGCGCGCUCCCCAACGGCCAUCAUUUUGAGUUUUUCGCAACAACUGGCACCCAUAUUGUUCCGCAACCGUCGUAGUCGCCAAAUUUGGCAUCAGACGACUUCUGGCUGUUCAACAAGCUAAACCGGCCGCUUCGGGCACACCGUUUUGGCACUAUCGAGGAGAUAGAAGCCGCAGCGACGGAAGAAAUAAAGGACAUACCAGCAUCCGCGUUUUCCUCCUGCUUCGAGGAGUGGGAUAAGAUGUGGAAGAGGUGCAUUGCAUCGGAAGGGGAUUACUUCGAAGGUGAUGACCUUCAUUUGGCCUUAUAAAAAAAAUUAAGAAAAAAAACGCAAAGUCACUUUAUUUUUCGGAAAAGUAGUAAAUUAUACCAAUUUAAGCUUCAUCGACUCGAAACUGCCGACGGAACUUAUCAAAUUGUUAUGAAGCUGUGUUCUUUGGUAUCCUUUAUUACUUAACACGUUCAGCCCGGUGGCAGGCCCCAGGGCCUGCCAGCAAACUUUCAGGCAUGCCGGUGCCAUUGGUCUUUUGAUAGGGAAACAAACAACAUUGCGAACAACUGUACUCUAAUCGCAUGGAUAACAGCAGUGUGAAGAUAAAAUAAUGGUGUUCUAAGAAUUAUUGCGAUUGAUAAAAACCUCAACCUACACAAAACAGUGUUGAUGAACAGAGCAGAGUUGAAAUUAUUGCAAAAAAAAAACUAUUUUUUCUACAAGCAUGGUUGUAUCCAAAUCCACCGCUUGCGUGCACAAUCCUUUUUUUAUUGUUUUCAUUGGUGAUUAAAAGUUUAAUAUUAUAAGCAAUACGGCCUUUUUGGACCGUUACUCCUGAAUAAAAAAAAGUUUAAUAUUAUUUUUAAAACAUCCAGCUCCAGUAACUUCAGACCUCUUUACUCGUUGUUAGAAAUGCAUGUGUUAUAUUCAAUAUUUUCUUUUAAAUAUUUUUCUUUAUUUAUUUUAAUUUGUUUAGUGUCAGUACCCCUUCAUACAACAAAACCAGCAAAUAGCCCGAUCAUUAAUAAUAAUAUAAUGGCGCAAUUGGCAAAGUGAUUCGAAGUAGAACUAGCGAUGUGGUUGGUAGCAUCAAGGAUGAAGCAUGAGCAUGAAUUGGAGCAUGGGGUGAGAGAGUAAAUCCGAAUGUUCAUUUAUAUAUUUAGCUCUUUUUUGCAUGGGUUCAUUCUUCACGUGUGUUAACUAUCCCCGAAAAUGGUCUGUAUAUAGUUGAUGUUUUCGGGGAUAAUUCGUUAACGAGCCUGGGGAUAGAGCGACAAUUUGUCGCGCGCGAUGUUGUCGCUCAAUGUCUAUUUGAACGGUUACUUUUACCCAAUUUUCCCAAGUAACAAAGCAAAGAUGGAUCUUUUUACUUUUUUGUGAAUAACUAAGCUUUCCGUAACAGCUAGUAAAAUAAAAGUUUUAUUAAUUGCAAACCAAAAUAAUUAUGAAAUGAACAUAUUGGUCAACAAUGCAGACUAAAAUGAUAUGGUUAACAAAAUAAAUACAGUAGAAUGUCGAUUAUCCGGGUAGCUCGGGACCGGACGGUUGCCGGCUAAUCGAUUUGCACCUAUAAUGGUCCGAGAAAUGUCAAAUUCGUAUAAAAAUUAAAAAAAUCACUAGUGUUAUAAUAAAUUCACUUUGAAUCAAUCGAUUCAUCGUUAGUAGAAUAUUAUGCUAAUCAAUAACUAUAGGUUUAACAACUGUUCAUGAACAAAACUGAAUUUCGAAAAUAUCACAAGACUCUAAAGCUGCACAAAAAACUGCUUGCCCACUUUACUAUCGCUGCAAAUGUUCGAAGUACGUUUGAACAGCUGUCACAUUUAUGCGUACGGUUAAGCCGCCCGCCGGUUAAUCCGCCCCUGGAUAAUCGACGUUCUAUUGUAUGAUAUACCAGCAAUAUUCAGGAUCAUGCGUUAUCAGAUGUCUUGGUUGUUAUCUUACACAAAAAAUAAACAACGUUUGCUGGGCUAGUUUUACCAUGCUUUUAAGCAGUAUUGGUAUUUAAUUGAUUAUAGUUACAUAUAAUUGAAAUUCUUAUGAUGCGUCAUACUACAUACCAUAUUGUAGUUAGUUCUUGCUAUUUCAUGACAUCCAGAUACAUCGCUGAAUCAUACACACAGUUCUAUUUCUCGUUAUUGUCAUCAGUUUCAUUUAAGCAUUCUGUCUGCUUCUAGCAUACUCUUCACUUUUCUUAGGAAACAAUAUGUAGGUGAAGGCUUUGUACGAGACAUUAAAAAUAUUUUAAAAUAUCAAUAUUAAUAAGAGUACAACCUUACAUAUUUUUAUGCAACUCUUUAAAAAUUUGCCGUUGUUAUACAUUGUAGCCAUAUUAUGUUAUUGAUCAAUGCUUCAGGAUACAUGCAAUCAAAAACUUUACGGUUUACUCGACUUGAUUUAACCAAAGGGGUGUCAAAGUUAUUUUUUUGUGAGGCUCGCGGAAAUCAUGCUUCUUUUCACAGUUAGUUUCAUGUAUCAAAUCCUUCAAUCUUUAAAUCAUUCAUUGGAUGUUAGCACUCGUUACUCGGGAAUCCGCUAAGAUAAUAUUUAUACAACCACAUUAUAUGUUGAGGAUAUUAUCAAUCGGCCAAAAUGCAUGUUUCUAAUACUUUUGGUUCAUGUAAAUGAAAUACCCACAUAAAGAAUCCAAAUCAUGAGAUUGUAUAUUGAACACAUUCAUAAGCUUUUAUGAAACUUUACCGCUCUUUUCUAAUAUAUCAUCACCUCCUUCCCUCCUCCUGGCUUUCCAUAAGCAUUGAAUUUGCAAAGAGUUAUCUUACAGCUUUUCUGAAUUUUCUUUUUAAGCUGGAUAUGCACAUGUAGUCAAACCCCAACAACAACAUUAGUUAUUCAUACGAACAACACUGUCCAAACAUAUCAUAUACGUAAUUACAUAGUUUCUCAUGCCCACUGCAAAACAGAAGUCAUACGCAAACAA